AUGGCUUCCCUGUGUGGUACAAACAGCUCGGUGAGAUGGAAGCCUCCGGUUCUUGACGAGAUUGGGGUGGUCUGUCUUUCCUCCCACACCAGCGGGGACAGGAGUGAUCUCUCCCCAGAGUGCUCAUGGGAUGCUCAUCUGCGCGCCGGCACACCUGACGACCUGCCUUCUGGCGACAGUACCGCGUGCUCCUGCUCCGACAGUGACGAGGGCAUGAGCGACGGCAGCCCCAGGGACUGCCCCUUUGAGCUUCUCCCGGUACAGCGCAUGCCCGCCCGCUUCCCCUUGCUGGACCUCACUGGUGCAGCGGCGGGGUCGCAGGUGUCCGGUUCAGGAGCACAGGGGGCACACCGGGAAGCAGAAUGCACAACUGCAGAGGGCAGACAGGGCAGGGACGGCGGCAGCGGCCAGGCUGGGGAGUGGCUGGGGGGCAGGGAGCAGGAGGGAGAGGCCGCCGGUGCUGCGGCGCCUGAUCUGCCCCUCAAGAGCUUGACACUGGGAGAUCUUGUGUUUUUGCGCUUGUUGGGGUCAGGAGCGUAUGGGAAGGUGUUCCUUGUGGAAGACCGCAGGAGCGGCGCGCGUUACGCCCUCAAACACCUCAGCAAGGCUGUGGCCGUGCAGAUUCCCCGCAAUCUGAUUGACGAGGUGCGCGCCAUGAGUGCCGCCGAGGGCUGCCCCUUCACCGCCCGCUUGCUCAAGACGUUUGUCGACGCCUCUGCGUUCCACCUGCUGCAAGAUGCCAUCCUGGGGGGCGAGCUGUUCACUAGGGUCGUCUCCAGUGCCGAUGGGCGAUUGGACGAGGGGACGGCGCGCUUCUACCUGGCCUGCGCUGUCACCACCCUGGCCAGCCUGCACACCCGCGGCAUCCUGCACCGGGAUGUGAAGCCGGAGAACCUGCUCCUGGCGGCGGACGGCUACCUCACGCUGGUCGACUUUGGCGCCGCCUGCAAGUACGGCCCCGGCCACGAGGCGCGCACCGUCACCUUCUGCGGCACCGCCGACUACCUGGCGCCCGAGGUGCUGCUGCAGCGGCUGUACGAGUGGGGCCCCGCUGCGGACUGCUGGGCGCUGGGGGUGACGCUCUUCUUCAUGGUCACCGGCCGCCUGCCCUUUGCUGUGCCGGACGCGAGCCGCACUGUGGGCACCGGCAGCCCGCGCCUCGCGGACCCGCGCUUCAACUUCCCCGCCGACCUCCAGCUGUCGGCGGCGGGGCGGGACUUAGUGGGCCGCCUGCUGGAGAGGAACCCCCGAGCACGCCUAGGGGGCGGACCCGCAGGUGCCAUGGAGAUCAAGGCACACCCGUGGUUCGCGGGACUGGACUGGGCAGCCCUGGAGCGCAGAGCUGUCCCCGCCCCGCCCAACCCCGGCCGCCGCGCGUCGCUGGACGCCGGCACGCCGGGCAGCGAGGGGGCGACCGCACGGACCGCGACAUGCGUGGCCGGGGUGCCGUCCCCCGUGGACCG